AUGAGCGAAAGCAAUAACGCUGCGAUUUCAAGCCCGAGAUCUACGGCGGUUCAACCUUCUUCCCCAGCACAUUCAGAUGCGUCCUCUUCUAGUACCAAAAAGGAUGCGGAAGCUUCUGCAUCUACAGAAGCGACCACGCCAUUGAGCAACAACGGGUCUACGAAUGGAAAGCCCUCAAAAAAUAAAAUGAAGGCCGAGGAAGAUGAGAAGAAGAGGCAGCUUGAUGCCUUAGAAAGAAAUUAUCGACUCGACAAUUUAGCAUUUAAUCAUCGUGAUGAAAUAUUGGAGCAAGAUAUAGUGAGCUUGUCGGACCCGACACAACUCAUUUCCUGUGCAAUACUCAAGGUGACUCUUAUUGGUCAUCAAGUGACUGUAGAAUUAAAAAAUGAUCUUGCCAUCACUGGCGUUCUCACCUCUGUUGACCAAUUCCUAAACAUCAAACUUGAUAAUAUUCGAGUUGUAGAUGAUGCAAAGUAUCCUCAUAUGGUGCCCAUGGCCGUCAAGAAUUGUUUUAUACGUGGAUCGGUAGUUCGUUAUGUUCAACUACCUGCCAGCGCAGUGGACACGGCCUUGCUACAAGAUGCUGCGAGAAGAGAAGCACAACAACCAACCACUGGGGGAGCCCAUUCAAUGCCACGUUGA